AUUUACUAGUACUGUGGUAUUUUCUCUAAUUAGCCCACUAAAGAGAAGUAUUAAUAAAUAAAAGCAAACAUAAUUAUGAUUUAUAUAGACAACCUAAAGACUAAUAUGAUUUACUAAUAAAUAGUCUGUGUCUUGUUUUUUAUUAUUCUUAACUUAAAAAAUGUCUUUGCUAACUAAGUCAUAUAUAAUCCACUACCUAUUAUUGAUAUAAAUACUUAGCAAUACGGCCGAUAUAUAUAUUCUACUACAGUAAUAGAAGAUUAUCCAUAAGUUCUAGUAUCUGUUUUUCUCUAAGAAAGUCUAGCCUUAUUUGAUUUGAGUUAAAAUUGCUAAUUAUUUGCCAUUUACAAUCAUACAGUUUAAUAGGCAAUAUCGAGAGGUAGCUUCCUUUACUUCAUCACUUAAGAUCAUUAAAUGAUUAUUUAAAAAUAUAUUCCCGCUUCAUCAUCAAACAUUGAUAAUUAUCACUAAUAUUUAAUCAAUGUAAAUAUUUACUAAAAUACUAGUUUUGCUUUUAAUAGUUUAUAUGUUGAUAGCAACCAAAAAUAUUUAUACAUUGGCUGCUUUGGCUACUUGAUUAUAUUGGAUGUGAGCAAUAAAUUAAAUAUUUAAGAGAUAGCUUUUGUAAGCGUUACUCAUGAUUUUACUUAUUGGAUUACACUAAUUGAAGAUCAAUAUGUACUUUUGAGUAAUUACUAUUCAAACAUAUUGAUAUUCGACAUUAGCGAUAUUUAAAGACCUGUUCUGUUUCGUAAACUUGAUCAGGUAGGAAGUGAGUCAGUGUAAACUUACUUCUUUUAGAAUCAAAAAAUACUUUAUUCACUUUCAUUUUAUUAUUUUUUGCAAAUUACAGAUUUAAGCUUGCUAUUCUAAAAUAAAACAUAAUUUUAAACGAUGGAUGAAAAAUAAUUUGUCUAAGGUAUAUUCAAUAUACAAAGCAGCUAUGUGAUUAAUUCUAUGUUUGUUUCUACAGAUGAGAAUUACUUGUUUCUUACAAUACGCUCAAAUGGAUUCUUAAUAUAUGACAUUUCAAAUACACAAUUUAAAAUGAGUCCAUAGUUUUUAAUCAAUGUUAAUUCAUUUGGAUUUUCUACUUUCAUUCAAACUGCUGGAAUAAAUGAUAGAUAUAUUGUAUUUUCUGAGGGAAUUUCUUUGAAGAUAUAUGAGAAAACUACUCCGAAUACUUCCUAAACUGUAAUAAACAUUUUUAACUUAGAUUAGUGUAUAUUGGUAAACAGCUUUAAGGAAAUGUGGCCAUGGAGUAUUAUAUAUAUAGAAAACAAGUACUUAGUUGUAACAGCAGGAUUUACAGGCUUUCAGAUACAUGACAUGACUAUUCCGUUGAUGCCUCAAUUAACUUUUAAAGAUAAAAGAGAGAAUGCUUCUUAUGAUUGCAGUUUAUAUCUCGCUAAGAGAAAAAUUUUACUCAUUGGCUAAUCUGAAAAAGGAAUAGCAUUUUAUAAUACAACUUUAAGCUAUUCUUCACCUACUUUUAUACUUUCAAAAAUUUACUCUGCAAACCCUGAUACAGAUUCUUUUGUUUCAAAUUCUGACGAAAAUAUUUUAGCCUUUGUUGAUGAAAAAUCAUUUGGAUUUAUUGAUUUAACUGAUAUUUAAAAUACUUUUGUCAUUGAUUCUGUGCAACUUCCUCCAACGGAAUCAAGGUCACUUGAAGGUAUUGCUAUGGAUGAAAAUUUUUUAUAUGGUUGCUCUGCUUUGAGAAAUAGAGGAGUUUAUUAUUUUAAAUUUGAUUAUCCUGAAGGCGGAAAAAAUACAGGGAAAAAAAUAUAAAUUAUUAACUUUGUGGAACUCUAUGGUGCAGAGUCUGUCAUAUACGAUAAAAGAAAUAAUGGAAUUUUUUAUGUGGCUGAUGGUGUUUCUGGAGUUACUGUCUUAGAUAGUUCUGAUAAGACUAGAUAAAUUUAAUUGGUUAGUACAAAUUCUGUGUUAGGAUGGGCAGGAAGAGUCUUUCAGCCUGAUGGGAAUUUAAAUAUUCUGAUUGUGAGUCACCAUGACAGAGGAUCAAUAUCAGUAAUGGAUAUUUCCAACCAGUAUUAAAUAAUAAAAAUACAAGAAAUGUAAUUUAUUCCUUCUGGUAGUUUUGCUUCAGUAACUGAUCUUUAAAACAGUUUCUUGGCUAUUACUGUAACAAAUGGAUUUAGAAUUUGCUAAACAAAUUCCCCUAUAAAUUUACACGCUUAAAUGAUUCGAUCUAAAGAUAAACAAUCAUCUGAAAAUCUAAUUGACAUCUUCAAUCCAUUUAUAUCAUCCUAAAAAGUUAAUAAUUAAAUUGUUGCCAAGAUCGGUGAGAGUGUUUCUUUUACAAUAGUUCCUUUAUACUAUUUCUAAGGCAUUUAGUAUAAAUCUUUACUUCAAUAUGAUUAAUACUAAACCAAAUAAAUACCAAGUUGGAUUACUUUCUAACCAUUUACAUAAACCAUUAAUAUGGUUCCUUAAUACACAUAUAUUAGCUCCUAUUAAGGUUUUUGCAUUCUUCUUUUGGACAUAUAUCUACAAAUUUUUUCAAACUAAUUUAUAUCUCCGCAGUUUAAUAUAACAAAAGAACACUCAAGUAAUCUUUAUGACUACUUUAUUCAAUAAGGUAUUUUGAGCUAGGAUGGAUUUUUGAGCAGUACUUAUGACCCAUUGAUAAGAUUUAAGAUUGAUUGGUAAUAAAUUUAUACCAAUAAUGAUGUGCCUUCAAAUGAUAAUCUUUCUAGAAUUUAUGAUUAUGUUAAACUCACUGUAGACAGAUCAACUUUUUACUAUCCAAUAUUUAUAAGAAUUUUAUAGUCUCUGAAUUUAAACUUUACAAAUGCUCAGGGGAUUAUUGAAACCUAUUCUUCUUAAGUUAUGGUAUAAAUAAGUUUGGUAUUUGAAGAUCCUUCUUAACUUAAAUAGCAAAAUAGACCUUAAUUUAUACCUUAAACAUUUAAUGGAAUACUUUCUGAUUUAAAAAACUAAAAUUUACAGCUUGAUUUACGAGGAAUAGUUACUUCUGUAAACAACAUUUUAAAAGAUUAAAUAUACAUUUAUAUACCCAAAUAUAUUCAAGAGAGAGCGAUGAUUUAAUUUUUUGUUAGAGAUGAAAUAAAUGCAGAUUUGUAAAAAACUGUAUAUUUAUCAGAAAUACCUUAAUUUAAGUAAAAAGCUCCUCUUUUAUCUCUAUUAAGUAUUCAAGAAUAAUAUGAACAAUAAUAUCCAGGAGGAUUAUUCGUAGAGUAGACAUUUUCAAUUAAUAUAAACUAGAAUUCUUUCAAGUCUGAAGCAUUUCUUCAGAUAAAAUAUCAAGUAUUAAUAUCUGAUGGAAUGUGGAGGAAUUUGACAAGCUCAGAUUGGAUUUCUUUUGAAAAUAAUGGAUAAAAUUUAUAUUUAACUGGUAAAGGAAGCUUAUCAGACUUAUAAAAAUCAUUUAGUUUACAAGUAAUUGCAACAGAUGAAUUCGAAAAUAAUACAUAAACUCUUGUUGUUACAUUUUGUUAGAUACCUUUAACUAUAAUACUACUCUAUGUGGGAUAUUUACUAAUCAUAAUUUUCUUUAUUAUAUUUUUUUACUGCAUUCGAUAGAAAAUUCACCAUAGAUUCUUUCCUUCUUAAUUUUAAAGGAAAUUAGAGAAAAUUUAUUACAAAAAUCACUACUUUAAAAAGAUAUAUUUGAUGAAGGAUUUUCAUGCUAUAUCUACUAAACUUAUUUAUUUACUAAAAUAAGAUUAUAUCUAAAAAAACAAGAAAAAUCUAAGCUAUUUUUAACAGAUAAAAAGCUAAAUUUAAAAAUCUCCUAAAAGAAGCAACAGUCUUUAACUUAAUAAUGUCAAAUAAUCAGAAAUGCUAUUUCUUUAGUAAUAUAUAGAUGACUAGGGUUUACCAAACAUGAAUAAAAUAAUUUUAGAUUUAGUAAAUAUUUAUAACUAAAAUAUUUCUAAAUUCCAGAAAUUAAAUAGCUCUGAGUUUAAUUAAACUAAUAGUCGUUUAUACUAAGCAAUUAAAAGUGUAUUCACGUUGAGAAUUUUAGAAACAGACAAACAAACAUUAGAAAUUUUUUUAAUUCUAAAAAAAACUCUCAAACAAAAGACUUAGAAUGCUCUAAAUUGGUAUUAAUAAUUGAUAGAAAUACAAAGUGAGAAAGAACAGUAUAAGUAACAUUCAUUGAAAAGCAACUUAUUUUAAAUUAGACAGCUAACUAAAGACUUAAAGCUCACAUAAAAUAAUCAAAGUAAAUAGUAAUUGGAGGAUAUCACAAAGGUAUAAAACCUAUCACUUAAUAAUCAAACAAAUUUAACACUAACUUAACCUUCAUAAUAGCUGAUGCAUAAUAAAACACAAAGCAACUUAAAUUAUUUGCCUAGUAAUGUUUUUUUGAUGCCUGAAAUAAAACUCAAUGAAGAAGCGUUGAUCUCUCAGAUAAGUUAAAUAUAUAAAAAAUAUAAUGAAUAAGGGCUAAAAUUAUUAAUAUAAAAUGAGUCUGGAUCUUUCUAUAAUUUUUAGCUUCUUAAAAGCGCCAUAUUAUCUGAAUUUUAUGGUUUUGGACAGAAUUAUAAACCAAAGAGGUUCAAAUCUUCACAUGGGAGUGUUAUUCAUUUGAGCCAGAAUUAAAUAAAAGAUAUCAAAAUUUUUUUAAAGGAUUCUGAGUAGGACCAAAAAGAAAAUGGCAUUUUCUAUUAAAUUUGUAGUAAAAUAAAAUCAAUUUUAUUCUUCAAUUACAAGAAAAUAGGACAGAAUUUCCAUUCAGCAUAAAAUAUAAGAAAUUGGCUUAGGUAUCAGAUAAAUGAGAAUUACAUAAUCCUUUAAGGCGAGCCUUAGAAACUAAAUGUUGGUGAAUACCUAAUAUAAAUUUUGAAUUCUGACAAAUAUGUUACUUAUCAAUACUCUUUAUAAGUAGUGUUAAAUAAGCAAGAGGCUCACGCACCUUCAUAGAUAAAAUAAAAAUCGAAAAAGCUAAAAGAAGCAAAUUAAUCUAAAAAUCUUUAAAAAAGUGUGGCUUAUCAAAAGCAAUCAAUUUUUUUGCAAUCAUAAGAAAAAAUAGAGCCACCAAAUAGUGAAAAUCAAAUAUAAGAUGAGCAACAGUCAAAUAUUAUUUUAAAAACAAUUUAAUUGAAGAUUCCCUAAAGCAAUUAUUUUUCUGAAGUGAAGCUAUAAAAAACAGAAGAAAUAAAUAAUUCUUCUAUAUUAUCUUAUAAUUUGAAUAAAACAGUCAAAAAAGAUGAUGAUUUAGAAUCCAGCAGCUCAACAUUCGAAAUUUAAAAGAGAUUCUCCUUUGAUAAGUCUUAUGCCUAGAUAAUCCCAUAUUUUGGUGAAAAUAUAAGAAAAGAAGAGUCAUAUAAUUGAAUAUGAUUUUAUAAAAUAAUAAUUGCGAUAUUUUUCUAUAAAGUAUAUUAUUUCUUUUAAAUAACAAUCACUAUAUGUUAUCUAUUUUUAGGAUGAAUUAAUUAAUUGAGCUAUUAUUAAUAAAUGCAAAAAAGUAAAAAUUUUAUGCGUCCAAAACUAAUUUUAUAAAUUAAAAUUGAAUAGAAUAUAAAAGGAAGAUUUAAAUAUAAUGAAAAUGAUGUUUAAUUUUUUAGUAUUUUCCUAAUAUCUUUAAAAUAUCGAAAAAGACAUAAACUAGCC